ACAUCACUUCGAAAAUCGCCCCCAACGCGGCAUCUCCUUUCUCACCCACCAUUAUUUCCACUUUCUAUGGCUCCUCCCCUCGCCUCAGCUUGUUCACUCGCUCUCGGGUCAAAUUAGACCCACACUUUCGCUUCGUUUCAAAGCCAAAAUCAUCAGGCUCAUACCAGGCAGUAGAACCGAACGGCUGCUUCAGAUGUCAGUUAACGGCCUUCAUAGCAUAUAGGAAGCAGGUCUGCGAAUACACCUAGAUCUAGCUCCGAAACGGUAGUUCAGAGCGGUCGAAAUUCUCCUUCGCAUUGCAAGCAAGCUGCCGCUGCCCCCGCUGCCCCCGAUGCCCCCGCUACCCCCGCUGCCUGCAGUGAUUACGUUCUGAACAACCCCCGCGACACCUGUGGGCGGAAACCAUCGGAUUGCUGUUCUUCACCGCGAGUUAACGUUCAAGCGAAGGAAAAGGAGAAGCAGGAUGGAGCCUUCAGGGCUACCAGUGUUCCAGGCUCCUAAACGAUUGGCGAUUGCGAGCGACGCCAUCGUGGCUGUCGCAUUCGUCGCACUCGCGACUGCCGGCGUCGCCAACGCUGGCCGACCGCAGCCUCGAAUUCUUCUCUCCAGCACCGGCACUGCGACGAUCGUCAUCUCCGUGAUCAUCGGCGUGCUCCUCGUUGCGCUCGUCGCGCUCGGAGUCAAGAUGCUGCUCGACAGAUCCAAAGCUUCCAAGAAGUCAGCCCAGUCCGAAGGCAAGACGUCUGCUACAACCACCACCAGCCGCAGCAGCAGCGCCAGCGGAAGAAGGAUGCGCGGGGGGGGAGGCGCGGUGCAUGUGGUGGGCGGAACUGACGAGGACGACGCGGACAUCCCGCGCACACGGGCGGAGAAGUGGACCCUGGCGGAGGUGGCGGAAGCAACGGGGGAGUUCGCGCAGGAGAAUGUGAUAGAGGGGGAGGGGCAGAGCGUGGUGCUCCGGGGGAGGGCGCGGGACGGCAGGGAGGUGGCGGUGAAACGCUGCAAGCAACCCCUGCCGGAAAGCCAGGCGCUUUUCCUCCGAGAGGUGAUGCUGGUAACCAGUCUGCGCCACCCCAACCUGCUGUCGCUCAUCGGCUACUGCGACGAGGGCAGCGAGCAGAUCCUCAUUCUCGAGCACAUGCCCUACGGCUCCCUCGCCUCCUGGCUGCGCCCACAUGCUGAUGCCGGAGACAGCCGCCCACCUCUCAGCUUUGACCAGAGGGUGAAGAUCGCUGCUGACGUGGCACGAGCAGUGGAGUUCCUUCACUCGCAGCCCAAGCCCAUCGUGCACCGCGACAUCAAGACCGAAACCAUCCUGCUGGACGAAAGUCUCAAUGCAAAGCUAGGGGGCUUGGGGACACGCAAGCAUCUCCCGGGGGAGUCAAGCCGCGUGCGUGUGCAGCGGAGGAAGGGGUAUCUGGACCCCGAGUACUGCCAGACGUUUGUCGUCACCACCAAGGCCGAGAUAUUCGCCAUCGGAGUGGUCAUCCUCGAGCUUAUAACGGGUCGGCCGCCCGUGGUGGAAGAGGAAGUGGUGGUGAAGGCGGGUCACAACACCAAGCGAGCUGUAACUCUCGUGCAAUGGGCCAUACCCAAGAUCAAGGAUGAGAACUACGGCCUAGUCGUGGACGAAAGGCUUGAAGAGUACGACGCUGACAGCUUGGAGCUCUUCAUGAAGAUUGCAAUGCAGUGUGUCAAUCCACUGCGCAGGAAUCGCCCUGACAUUGGCCCGAUAGCAGCGUGGUUGAGUGACCUCUCCAACCCUAAUGCUGCUUCGAUAAAAGCUUUAAAGGCCGCGCUGAAAUAACGUGCUGUUGGGCGUGGUGGGCAUGAGUUGAGUUGAAUAAAGGUGGCAGUUCUAGGCAUGCAUGCAGACACGUUUAGAUAUGGAAAGAUGCAUUCUUAGGCACGCAUGCCAAGCACAUGUUGAGCUGAAUAAAGAUGCAUGCCUAGGUACACAUGCGUAUCUAUGAUUUUCUUAGCAUUUGAACAUAUCACCUUGCCAUGUAUGCUUCACUGU